GUCCAGCGCAACACUACAUCUCAGUCCCGGAGAGCCUCCACCAGCAAAACCUAUCAAGAUAGUCUAAAGAGAAAGAGAGCGGUUCCCUGCACUGAUAAGCAGCUGACUGGUGAGGAAUGUCAUGAAGCGAUAUCCUUUUUGAAACAUUCAACUGAUGAAUCUGCAAUCAAAGAGAAAAUGAGGGCCACAUUUCAGUACCGCCAAACACUGGUUCAUGAUCAACAGAGCUUUUCAACAGUCUUGGAUGCUUUCCCACGAUUCCUCAACAUCACUGGCUUGAUUGACCAAGACUUCACCAUGAUGUUUGGAGAGGAGGUGUCAUGCAGAUUUUUGUCAAAAUGGUCUACUUUCUUUAAACCUAAGAUCUUGACAGAGUGCAGAAAACUAACUUCUAAUGAACAUAUUGAAGAGGUCUUGUCUGCACAGGACAACACAGGUUGGGACAGUGACCUGUCAAGCAUUCUACUGCUGGUUCAUUUGCUUCCUCCUUCAAAGCACACUUCACCUUCAGUGUCAACUACCAUGAAUCCCUCUACAACUUUUAUACGUUCAUCCAAACCACAGUUUUUAACAUUGAUGUUGGAAGUACCAAGGAAAGUCCCAGAGUCAAGGAACUAAGAGCAAGAUUUUUGCACGACGCUUGAGGUGAUAAACCUCUUUGGAUUCAAAUGUUUCUUUGUUAUAUCUGUAAAGCACACCACAAAAGUUCUGCAUUGCUUUGUCAGCAUUUGAGACUCAACCGUGGUCUAUAUCCUGGAAAGACAUUACGUUUGAAAUGUGGACAGUUGGGAUGUUGUUUAUCAUUUUGCACCUAUUCAGGUUUUAAAAAGCAUCUUGUUCGUUUCCAUAGAGAUGCUGUUAUGACUAAUACAACUGACACCAUGGACACUCAGAAUGAAGUUGGUGAGCCCACAACUUCACAGACAAUCAAUACAGACUCUCCAAUAAGAAAUUCACAGGCAGUUGCUACAAACUCUCCAAUAAUUCCUCAGCUAUCUGUUGAUGAUAGUCAUAUGUUAAACAUGUGUUCUUCCGUUGUAGCACAGUUACAAGCAUCUGGUGUUGCUGAAAGCACAGUCCAAGCAAUGGUGGGAUCCAUGGAGGAACUUGUAAAUGACAUUCAUAGGCAAGCGAGAGAGUGUCCUUCACUAAUUGGGUGAAGAACUAUGGAACGGAAUAUCAGAUCGGUAUGUUUGUUUGUACUGGAACAAAUGCAGAAAUUCCUGUUUUCAGAAAGAUCACCAACAUCAUUGUACAUGAUGAGCAAGCUUUCAUUUUGACUUGCAGAGUGGAUACUCUUUAUUUUGAUGAUCAUUUCAAUGCAUACAGUAUUCAUGAGAG